AUGGCAUACAACCGCCCAGGCAUUGCCUCCAUGUCCCUGGGCAAGCCAUGGAUUCACGACCUCCCUGGCAAGCUGAUGCAAGCCGCUGCCCACGGCUUCGAGGGCAUGGAACUUUUCUUUGACGACCUGAGACUGCUACGCCCAGCGCACAUUUAA